AUGCAGCCAGGAGAACAGUCCCCAUGCAGCCAGGAGAACAGUCCCCAUGCAGCCAGGAGAACAGACCCAUGCAGCCAGGAGAACAGUCCCCAUGCAGCCAGGAGAACAGACCCCAUGCAGCCAGGGGAACACACCCAUGCAGCCAGGAGAACAGUCCCCAUGCAGGCAGGAGAACAGUCCCCAUGCAGGCAGGAGAACAGUCCCAUGCAGCUUAGAGAACAGUCCCAUGCAGCCUGGAGAACAGACCCCAUGCAGCCAGGAGAACAGACCCAUGCAGCCAGGAGAACAGUCCCCAUGCAGCCAGGGGAACAGACCCCAUGCAACCAGGAGAACAGACCCAUGCAGCAGGGAGAACAGUCCCCAUGCAGCCAGGGGAACAGACCCAUGCAGCCAAGAGAACAGUCCCCAUGCAGCCAGGGGAACAGACCCAUGCAGCCAGGAGAACAGUCCCCAUGCAGCCAGGAGAACAGUCACCAUGCAGCCAAGAGAACAGUCCCCAUGCAGCCAGGGGAACAGACCCAUGCAGCCAGGAGAACAGUCCCCAUGCAGCCAGGGGAACAGACCCAUGCAGCCAGGAGAACAGUCCCCAUGCAGGCAGGAGAACAGUCCCCAUGCAGGCAGGAGAACAGUCCCCAUGCAGCCAGGAGAACAGUCCCAUGCAGCUUGGAGAACAAACCCCAUGCAGCCAGGAGAACAGUCACCAUGCAGCCAGGAGAACAGACCCCAUGCAGCCAGGAGAACAGACCCAUGCAGCCAGGAGAACAGACCCAUGCAGCCAGGAGAACAGACCCCAUGCAGCCAGGAGAACAGUCCCAUGCAGCUUGGAGAACAGACCCCAUGCAGCCAGGAGAACAGUCCCCAUGCAGCCAGGGGAACAGACCCCAUGCAACCAGGAGAACAGUCACCAUGCAGCCAAGAGAACAGACCCAUGCAGCCAGGAGAACAGACCCCAUGCAGCCAGGGGAACAGACCCCAUGCAGCCAGGAGAACAGUCACCAUGCAGCCAGGAGAACAGUCACCAUGCAGCCAGGAGAACAGUCACCAUGCAGCCAGGAGAACAGUCACCAUGCAGCCAGGAGAACAGUCACCAUGCAGCCAGGAGAACAGUCACCAUGCAGCCAAGAGAACAGACCCAUGCAGCCAGGGGAACAGACCCCAUGCAGCCAGGGGAACAGACCCCAUGCAGCCAGGAGAACAGACCCCAUGCAGCCAGGGGAACAGUCCCCAUGCAGCCAGGAGAACAGUCACCAUGCAGCCAGGAGAACAGUCCCCAUGCAGCCAGGGGAACAGUCCCCAUGCAGCCAGGAGAACAGUCCCCAUGCAGCCAGGAGAACAGACCCAUGCAGCCAGGAGAACAGACCCCAUGCAGCCAGGAGAACAGUCACCAUGCAGCCAGGAGAACAGUCACCAUGCAGCCAGGAGAACAGUCACCAUGCAGCCAGGAGAACAGUCACCAUGCAGCCAGGAGAACAGUCACCAUGCAGCCAGGGGAACAGUCACCAUGCAGCCAGGAGAACAGACCCCAUGCAGCCAGGAGAACAGUCCCCAUGCAGCCAGGAGAACAGACCCAUGCAGCCAGGAGAACAGUCCCAUGCAGCCAGGAGAACAGACCCCAUGCAGCCAGGAGAACAGUCCCCAUGCAGCCAGGGGAACAGUCACCAUGCAGCCAGGGGAACAGACCCCAUGCAGCCAGGAGAACAGACCCAUGCAGCCAGGGGAACAGACCCCAUGCAGCCAGGGGAACAGUCCCCAUGCAACCUGGAGAACAGUCCCAUGCAGCCAGGAGAACAGACCCAUGCAGCCAGGAGAACAGUCCCCAUGCAGCCAGUGGAACAGACCCCAUGCAGCCAGGGGAACAGUCCCAUGCAGCUUGGAGAACAGACCCAUGCAGCCAGGAGAACAGACCCCAUGCAGCCAGGAGAACAGUCCCCAUGCAACCUGGAGAACAGUCCCCAUGCAACCUGGAGAACAGUCCCCAUGCAACCUGGAGAACAGUCCCCAUGCAACCUGGAGAACAGUCCUCAUGCAGCCAGGAGAACAGUCCCCAUGCAGCCAGGAGAAAAGUCUCCAUGCAACCAGGAGAACAGACCCCAUGUAGCCAGGAGAACAGUCCUCAUGCAGCCAGGAGAACAGUCCCCAUGCAACCAGGAGAACAGACCCCAUGCAGCCAGGAUAACAGACCCCAUACAGCCAGGGGGGAACAGACCCCAUACAGCCAGGGAGAACAGACCCCUUGCAACUUGGAGAACAGACCCUUCCUGA